UUCGAUUGGCUAUAGUGAGUGAGAGGGCGAACAAAAACGCCACGGAACCGACCGACCUCACCGACUCGCCGAGUUCCAUACGUACGUAUUUAUUUCGGAUUUUGCCGCAAAGUAGCUUGGUUGGGUGUGUCGUCUAAUAAGAAAAAACAAGACUUUCAACAUGAGCGGACAACAGUACUACCCGUACAAGUGCACCCCCACGGUGUACCCAGCGGAUCCCUUCGACCCCGCUGCGGACGCGGAGACCCUCCGCAAGGCCAUGAAGGGCUUCGGCACAGAUGAGAAAGCAAUCAUCGAUGUGCUAUGCCGCCGUGGCAUCGUCCAGCGUUUAGAAAUCGCUGAGACCUUCAAGACCAACUAUGGCAAGGACUUGAUCAGUGAACUCAAGAGCGAGUUGAGCGGUAACUUGGAGAAUGUCAUCAUAGCCCUGAUGACUCCCCUCCCACACUUCUACGCCAAGGAACUUCAUGAUGCCGUAGCGGGAAUCGGUACUGAUGAAGAGGCCAUCAUUGAGAUUCUCUGCACGCUGUCCAACUAUGGCAUCCGCACUAUCUCUGCGUUCUAUGAACAACUGUACGGCAAGAGCUUAGAAUCGGAUCUGAAGGGGGACACAUCUGGUCACUUCAAGAGGCUUUGCGUGUCUCUUUGUAUGGCCAAUCGUGAUGAGAACCAAGGUGUAGAUGAAGGUGCGGCAAAGGAUGAUGCUCAGGCCUUGGCCAGCGCUGGUGAAGGCCAGUGGGGAACUGACGAAUCAGUCUUCAACUCUAUCCUUAUCACACGCUCGUAUCAGCAAUUGAGACAGAUCUUUGCGGAAUUCGAGGCUCUGACUGGUAAAGAUAUCGAAGAGUCCAUCAAGAAGGAAUUUUCUGGAAGCGUCGAGAAGGGCAUGCUUGCUAUCGUAAAAUGCGUUAAGAGCAAAGUAGGCUUCUUCGCUGAGCGCCUAUACUACUCCAUGAAAGGUUUGGGAACAACCGACAAGACACUCAUUAGGAUCGUAGUCAGUCGGUCAGAGAUCGACCUUGGAGAUAUCAAACAGGCAUUCCUCGAGAAGUACGGCAAGCCUUUGGAAGACUGGAUUGCUGGCGACACUUCCGGCGAUUACAAGAAGGCCUUACUGACCCUUGUUGAAUAAAUUGUGGCCUGCGGUCAGGACUUCAACGAAUAAGAUAAAACACUUAAAUUCCUUUAAGUUCGUCAAUUGUUAGGCUAUAUAGGUUUUUGAACGGAUACGCACUGAUUUAAUACUACCACAAACAAUGGAGUCAGUGCCAUUUAGGUUAUCUGUGGCGGGUGUAAAUUUUUUGAAGAUCUGUAUAUUUUGCUUGCUCAUUGUCAUAACUUUCUCUGCACAGUAGCUAACAGCUUAAUAUCGUGACGUGCACGGGGUUGGGUUGUUUUAAAACGCUUUUACAAGUAGUUGUCAAUUUUUCAGGAGGAGUUAGGAGGCCCUCUCGGUCACCUCCUUUCGACAAUGUGUUACUAAGGCUUCAGAACAGAUAAAAAUAACGAGCGUCAUAACCCCGUUACAAGCUCGAUUUUAAGUGAUAGCAGUCUAUUGUGCCCUAUUUACCUUCGGUGCAAUAUACUUAAACGAUGCAUUUUACAUAUUUUAUUUUAAGUUAUUUUUGUAUAUCAUGUAUAAUUUAUAAUCUCGAUAUAAUCUCGAAUGCACGCUGUGUGAUUUGUCUAUAGAAUUUAUGGGCCAGUAUCUACACGUUUUAUUUUGCUGUAGUUACAGUGUUUUUCAAUAUCUUUGCAGGAAGACCUAACUGGUGACUUCAGGAAUGUGCUAGUCACACUUUGUGCUUAAUCCUGCAAAAUCUUAUUGUUUUAUGUUAAAAGCUAUUAGUUUUAAAGUGGUUUUGCUACCUGCAUGUUUUGCGGAUCCUUGUUAGAAAGUAAAUUGUAAUGUAAUAUUUUGCAGGAUGAUACUAAAGGGGACUACAAACGCGUGUUACUCACACUUGUCUCGUAAGAAAAGGCAUAAUAAGAAAAAAUCUUUCACUAAGCUAAGUUCAGUAUGAAACUGCCUUAAAUGUUAAUGUUAUAGAAUAUAUUUGCUUGAUAUUUUU